GAUGAUCAACUGAUGGACAUGUGCUCAACAUCUUUGCAUGGCAGGUUCACCCAUCUGAAUCUUUACAGUAUUGUAAUUUUUUUUUUAUUUUGCAGAAGCUGCGUCUCAAAGCAUUAUUGUGAUCGCUGGUCGACGAAAUAGGAUGCUUGCAACGACGCCAGCUUCGUCAUGGAUCCUACACUUCUUAUCCACUGGCUGUUCAGCUGCCUGGCACUCCUCAUCAUGGGGAUUAGGCUUUGGGGGAGGAAAAAUGCUCGACAAGACUUCAACCUAGGCGAUCGCCUUACCAUGGCCGCUGCUGCGUGCGCUCUGAUCAGACUUGGAAUGAUUCAUGUUGUCUUGACUUGGGGCACGAAUAACAUGACUGCUGCCCAGCGUCAGGACCAUCACUUUACCUCCAAGGAGAUCUAUCAGCGGGAGAUCGGCAGCAAGUUGUCCAUCGCUAAUCGCGUGUUUUAUAAUUCCUAUCUUUGGUUGCAGAAGCUUGUGCUAUUGGAUCUCUAUCGACGACUUAUUCACGACUUACCGUAUGAAAAAUGGAUUCUUUCGUCCUAUCUUUCUGUCUUCUUCGUCACCUAUACGAUCGUUCAGGUCUUUACUUUUAGCGAGUGCAAGCCCUUUCACCUCUACUGGCAGGUCCUUCCUGACCCAGGCCCGUGUGCGCAAGCCCAGAUGCAACUUAUUGUGCUUGGUGUUCUCAAUAUCGUAACAGACUUUAUGCUCAUCGUCCUCCCGAUUCCGGUUAUCCUCAAACUCAAGGCGCCGCUAGCUCGAAAAGCCCAACUAUUUGCACUGUUCACACUUGGUAUAUUCAUCAUUACUAUUACCAUCAUCCGACUACCAAUCAACUCUUCGCAUCCAUAUAGCCAAGUCAACCGUACGACUUGGGCUAGCACUGAGCUCCUGACAGCUGCUAUCGUCGUCAAUGCGCCGACACUCUACUCAUUCUGGAAUAAAAGGCGGCGAGAAAAAUCCACCCCUCGUAAACAAGCGCAGGGUGACAGUGAUAAGGCUGAUGAUCGAAUUGCCAUGGAAACUAUAGGCGGCAGUACGUUUUCUAGUAGCGGAGGCCCGAAGCGCAAACCGACUGGAGGUAUUAUACAGACAAAGGAGGUGAUCGUGUCUGAGUACAGAAAAAGCGGCGACUAUAUUAAACUGCCCGACGAGCGAGAUCAUACGUCGCAGCAUUCCAGUUAGGACAAAAUAAGAAAAAAAGGAGAGUUCGAAUUUAAUGAUUAAAGAUACGACUAGCAUACGUCUUCUCUACACCCCAUCACGAAUCUCAUAUAAGCGACACUAUUCCAUUCUCUCACUCGCACGUUAUACGGACCAAGAUGCUGCAUCUU